AUGGAUGAAGAGACUGGAGAAGGAGAAUUUGUUGUAGAAGCGAUUCUUGGAGAACGAUACAAUAAGAGGAAGAAAGUGAAGGAAUACCUAUUGAAAUGGAAGGGGUAUAGUGAUGCGGAGAACACGUGGGAACCUGAAGCUAACCUGGAUUGCGAUGAAUUAAUUGCUGAAUUUCAUGCUCAGCAAAAAGAAACUUGGGGAAAGCAGCGAAGUGAAAUGUGGCGAAGCUUGAUGGGCGUUACAAAUUCUAAAUCGAAAUCACGAAAACCGUUACCCAAAAUGAGCUGUUCAGGAAGUUGUAGUCCCGUGUUUGCAAACACUGACUGUCAUAGUACCCCAUCACAACUUUCUGCAACUUCUCGACCUGGCUUCACUUCCUCAACCAUUUCCUUAAGGCGUCCAGCUUCUGAAGAUUUGUCCGGAACAGAAUAUUGCACUUACUCAAGUGAAAGUGAAGAUGAUGAAGAAAGUCGACAACGGAGAAUGCGCCCGCCUCCUGGAGAAAGUGGAAUGGAAAGAGGUUGGGUGCCAGAAGUAAUCGUCGCAGCUUGCCAACCAGAAGACGAUUUCCCGCUUACGUACAUUGUUAAAUACAGGCAUAAGAAAAAGUUUGAAAGGGUGCCAAGUUCAAUAUGUAUGAAGUACUGGCCGCAACUGGUGAUUGGCUUCUACGAACGCGAGAUACGUAAGCAAGAAAUAACAGUCGAUGAUGAUAAUUAUUUGUCACUAUGA